GAGGCUGAUUCUUCUUUACGUGACAGCAGUGAAAAACGUCUGAGACUGAGUGAAUCAACCAGCUCAGCUGAGUUAGAGGGGAAGAAGGAGUUGGUCUCCUUUACCUCAAAACAGUGUAAUCUGAUAGAGGGCUAAUCGAUGCCAAGGGCGAUAUGACAUUACUGAUCUGUCCUUUCUGCUGUAGUCUGUUGAGACACCUGGAUAAUUACAAGCUGAUUAUGAUUAACUUUGAUGUCCACAGUCGACACAUCCAGGAUGUUCUCAGUACUUGCUUGUGAGACCAGCUGCCCAGUGCUCUUGCUGGAAUCAAACUACAUAGGUUUUGGAUCCAGCUUAACCUGACUAGUGUAAAGUAGUGCCAUAUUCUCAAUCAUGCUGAGUGGGGUCAGAAGUGCACCUGUUGAAGAAGGCAGAGGCACCUCAGGGCCAACACAAGAUGAUGCCAGGACCAGACCAGUCGCAAUCAACAAUCUAAAGCCCAAAUCUAGCUGUGUUGUGUUGUGUAAACCUGGAGAUGGAGUGCGCCAUCAGAUGUAUAUUCAUACAAUUCUCCCUCAAAGCGAUAAUCAACCUGAUUCAACAGGUGGAAACUCCCUUCCUUUGCCAGACAUUAUGCCAAACCAGACCUCCAAACCAAGCGUGUCCAUUCGGCGCCACAAGAGCACCACAGAUUUGCCUUACAGCCCUCAGCGUGGUUACAUGCGCGGCCAGAGACCCAGUAUCUGCGCCCCUACCGAGGCUGAGCUGGCGCUGAUGAGGCGUUGCUCUUUACGUGAGCCGAAUGUUCAUCCAUGUUGCCGCCAUGCUCUCAGCGUUCCCAACAUGACAAGUCCAUGCACAAGUCCUCUGUGCAGCACCCCAUCCCGCAGUGCUCUCUGCACACCUGUACAGGACGUAGAGUGCAAUGUUAAAGCACGCAACAAGCUAAUAGAAAGCGAGAACGCACAGACUCCUACUUUCCCACCAGAGGUUCGCGAACAAUGCCGUUACGUCUCCAAAGAUGGAAAGUGUAGAGUAGACUUGGCACAUAUGGCUGAGAGAGAACGAUUUCUGGCUGACAUCUUCACUUCUUUUGUGGACCUUCAGUAUAGAUGGUUUCUUUUCGUGUUUAUGAUGUGCUACUCAGUCACCUGGUUUAUUUUCGCAGGGCUUUAUACGCUAAAUAUAUUCUUGCGUGGAGAUCUUGAAGUUCCUGGUGAUACUGAUGUGUGCUACCCUAAUAUAGACGGAUUUGUGUCAGCUUUGCUCUUCUCGGUAGAAACUCAGAGGACUAUUGGUUAUGGUGCUCGCACGGUGUCGCCGCGCUGCUACGAAGGUGUUUUUUUGGUCAUGGCGCAGUGCAUUGUGGGAUCCAUGAUUGACGCCCUUAUGGUGGGCUGCAUGUUUGUCAAAAUUUCACGUCCCAAGAAGCGUGCAGAAACUCUUCUUUUCAGCCGGACUUGUGUUGUGGCCAACCGUGAUGACCGUCUUUGCCUUAUGUUCCGUCUCGGCGAUCUGCGUGACAGCCACAUGGUGGAUGCCAAAGUACGUGCUAAACUCAUCAAGUCUCGGCAGACGUCGGAGGGGGAAUUUCUCCCGCUGGAGCAGUCUGAGAUCGACUUGGGCUAUGAGAGUGGCUCUGACCGUCUGUUCCUGGUGGAGCCACAGGUCAUUCAACACACCAUCGAUUCUAGCAGUCCUUUCUGGGAGCUUGGGCCAGAGCAGCUACGGAAGCAACAGUUUGAGGUUAUUGUCAUCUUGGAGGGAAUUGUAGAAGCAACAGGAAUGAUGUGCCAAGCGAAGACCUCCUACAUCGAGACGGAGAUCGAAUGGGGAGCCCGUUUUGAGCCGUGCAUGACACUGGAGAAAGGGGCGUUUCGAGUCGACCUGAGACGCUUCCACAGCACAUAUCCGGUGCCUCUUCCGCCGUGCAGCGCGCAAGAGCAGCAUCACCUACAGACCCUGCAAGUGGGACUGGAGCUCCUCCAGGAAUCUCUGAAAGGCAGUGUUAACUGGAAAUUGGGUGGGGAUGACCAAGAAGACGACAUUGUGAAACCACCGGGAGCACGCACAUUCACUAUCCACAACAUCCAGGAGGAGCGAGUGUCAGAAGUCAACGAAUGCGAAUAUCUUUAGUUGUUGUGAGUUCGAAAAAAGACGGCCCCCUUUCUCAGCGGUUCAGCUUCCGGAAGUAUUGUUCCCAUAUGUUUUCUCGUUAGGCAUUUUCCAAAGAUCUUAAGUAGCCUGAAUAAUUCUGAUUAUAGAGACUGGAUCAGUUAUGUCUUGAGAGUACUUUUUGAGAGUGAGCGAUCACUGCAGAAGGUUGUUUUCCCGUCCUCCCUCGCAAUUCGUGUUUCUGUGGUAACGGCGUCUUUUGGAAUAAGCUACGCAACAUUUAGAAUCAUAACAGAUUUCAAAACAUAAUAGGCUACAUUUUAAAACUUUGUAAAUGGAUACAGAGAAAAACGGAACGUCCACUAAAUAAGAUACACUAAACCUUGUUGAGAGGCAAGACAAAUCGAAAACAAUGUCAUCUACAAUCGGCUCAAAAUACUGAAGAUGUAGUAAUAUCCUCUGACUAUAUUAUGGAAUCAUAAUCUGAAGCUAAGAAGUUAAGAGUAGGCUAUUCCUGCCAUAUGAUAAUGGCGCGGAGGAGCUAUAAACGCAUCCAAAAUAAGUUUUUCUAUA